AGUAUUUUGAGGAUCCUCAAACAUCGUGAUAUCUUCCUUUCGUGCCUGAUAAAGUGUUUGCGUAUCCAUAAACUCCAAAUUAGGCUCGAUAUCAGGCCAGAUUAAUUCAGGAAGCUGCAAGUUUCCGAAUUCAUUGAUCUAUUUGUACGCUUUGGAUCAACGCUUAUUAUGUUUUAUAGUGUCGAUCUAUUGUCUGCUCAUCGUGGAAGAUUUGGCAUUAUAUGGUUGAGUUCAUUCGAAUUCGUAACACUAACUUUCAGGUUGGCAGCGACCAGAGUAAGAAAACAGCUUACGAGAAGAGAGCUGAAUUCAGUUAAUAUUGUUAAUGCAUGCAACGAGAUAACAGGCCAUAUUUUGGGAAAGACGAGAAUAAGGCUGUCGUUGUACUUAGCGUCGCAGUUGACGUUCGAAAUAUGUGUCAUCUAUAGAGAAAAAGUUGUCUUUAUGCUGCGCGAUCUUCAGGAACUGAAUCAACGGGCUUGCGUAUUAACAGUCCGGUCCAUUGAUCUACCGACGUGUAACAGACGCCAGUCGCAUGCUAAGCGAAGACGUACCUCGGCGACGGAGGCUACUGAAUUACCUGUGUGGAAUAAUAACGAAGACAUCAAUGAAUUCGGAAACUUGCAGCUUCCUGAAUUAAUCUGGCCUGAUAUCGAGCCUAAUUUGGAGUUUAUGGAUACGCAAACACUUUAUCAGGCACGAAAGGAAGAUAUCACGAUGUUUGAGGAUCCUCAAAAUACUAUACCAUAUAAACCUCCUGAUGAUGAUCUAAUCCCACUGGAUUUCGCUAACCUCACUGAAUUGUCUCAACACAAUCAAAGUACAAGCUAUGGAGAGGAUUUUCCUGUGACUACUUCUACAAGAAAACACUUAUUAUUAGAAACUAGUGAAACUGGUGUGGCUGAAUGUUCUACAGUGAAGCGGUCACGUCAUUUGGAUGAGUCUGAGAGGUUCACAACUCAAGCCAAUCUGGAAACUAUCGAAGAAGUUCAGUUGCCGGUUGUCACGGAGUGUCAAGCUAUGCCUGAGGCUGCAGAGUUAGUGAACAUACCACAAGUUUCAGACAAUGUGGAGACUGUUACGGAAGCUAUUGUUGAGAAUGUACCUGCCCAACAAAUCACUGCAAUGCCAGUGGAUUUAGACGAAGGACGGUUGCCUCCUGUAUCAACGAGCACUGCAGUACCAACUGAUUCCUGCCUAUUGGAGAAUGUUCAGAAGCCUAGUGUUACAGUGGAACAACUUGAAUUAAAUUCAGGUAUGCUUGGCGAAAUGAAUGAAACUCAGAUUAUACCUCAAGGUGAAGAAAGACAGCCUAGCGGUAAUGAUAAUACUAAUAACAACGUUGUUGAGCAACAGCCAAGUGAACUGCAACAAGCGUUUCCACACUUUCAUUUAAGUCCAUUACCUCCUAAUGAUGAAGUUACACGGAAUAGAAGAAGAGUGAGACGAAAACUCCCACGAGGAUUGAUCAUUGAUGAGGCUACGACUUUAUCGUCAGCAGAAAUGAAAUACAAUAUGGAACAUGGGGAAGAAACAAUGCGAUCACGUGAUGAGUUACUGGCUGAACCUAGUCGACGCUGUCAAUUCAAGUAUCUCGUAUCACGUGAUGUUAAUCUUCUGUUUUCAAUGCCUGGUCGUCUGGAAAUUAUGCAAAGUUCAGAACUUGCAGCACUUUGGCGUCGACAUCUUCAUUAUUGUGAACAGGCCGUGAAAGCAGGUCGUCUACACGAAGAAGAUAUGACGAGUAAUAAUAAUAUUGAUGAUUUGUUCCAACUGAAUAAGCCCGCCAGGUCAUCUAGGCGGAUGGCUAGUAUUGCAGAAGAAAAUGAAUCAUCAGUUGAAAUUCGACGAAUACCUAGAGAUACUUCAUCGAUACACCGAGGCGAGUCACUACUCAGUGGUAAUGCCAGUAAUACUUUAAUUGAUGUGACAAAUAAUCAGCCAACUAGUGUUCGUGAGUCAUUAGUGGAUGUAAAUGAUCCUGCACAAAGUACCGCUGCUGUUGCAGCUGAUGGUGAUGGUGGGGCUACUGAUCAAGUGACAACGCAAACACAUCCGAAACUACACAUAAAUGCUAUUUCACAGUCAACUCCACAACAGAUGAUAGGCAGUUCAUUAUCACAUCAUUUUGAAUCAACAACAAUGCUGGGUCCUGUACUGGAGGAGCGUGAAGAACAAAUACAAAUGAAUGAAAAUGAAUUCAUCCCUCCUGUGCCUGUGUCAACUGAAUUCCCACAGGAACCAGAAAUCCCUGCUCCUGCUCCUCCGCCUCCUCCGCCUGCUCUCUCUUCACCUCCAAAAGCGAGGGAACAUGCUUUUGACAAAAAAUCACGGAUAUGGGAGUAUCUUCGAGAUCGACUGACAUCACCCGAUUGUGAAUCAGUCAGCAUUGAAGAACUUUGUCCACCAGGUGUAAGUAGUGAUUGUGUUGUGUAA